AUGAGGUUGAAGCUGCAAAUUCUGCAACUCAUGGCGGAUUUGUUUCCUAAAGGCGAGAUGGAUGAUUCCUCGAUCGACAAGCUUGGGGACGGUUCAUUCAACAUAGUCGUAGCCAUUAGUCUCAAACCAGAUGCCCAACAACGAGACUCGAGAGUCAGUUUCAGCGCGAGACUCUCGAAAUUUCUCGGUAUACCUCCGCAACCCAGAGAUUUUGCUUUGCGGAUACCUUUCGAUGAGGAUGGCGAGUUAACCGGUCCUGCUUUCCGCCACGUCCCUCGCGACAUUGCUACCCAGCAUAUUGUCAGCUCGCACCUGACACUGCCUGUAUCCAAGAUUGUGAAACUCGACCUCCAUUCACGAAACGCGCUAGGAAGGCCGUACACUCUACAGACUCUGUUACCGGGUAAAAAUAUGCAUUGGCUCUGGACGGGGCUGAACCAACCCCAGAAGAUGUCGGCCGUGCAGCAGAUCACGGUAAUCUUAGAAAAGAUCGCCGCCAUGACCUCGGCAGCGGCUGGAUGGAUAUCAGUCAGUAACUUGACCUCUCCAAGCUCAAGCAUCGCAUUGGAUCAGUUUCCAGCUCCUAGUCCCGGAGAAGCCAGGAGACAAACAAGCUUUAGGCAACCCAGCCAGCGCCCAGCGCCGCAUCAGACACCCUGCCAGUAUCUGGUCGACCAUUGUGAGCGCUGGCAAAGGUAUGAGGAGGACACUUUACAGGUUUGCCACAACCUGAAACUAUGGGACGCACUGAUUGCUGUUGUCCACGCACUGGAGCGACGUGGAUGGUUGGGACAGGAAUUCCAUCUUGCACACGGCGACUUGUUUCCUCGUAACAUCCUCGCCGAAGUUACUAGUCCGACAACUGUGAAGAUUACCGGCAUUGUAGACUGGGAUAUGGCUUGCUUCGCACCCAAGUUUGUGGCCCUUCGCGCCCCAUUCUGGGCCUGGAAAGGCGGAUUUGUCGAUGAAACGGACGAAGACGUGGCCACAUAUGAGUCACCUGCGGAGGAUCGCAAGGCACUCAGAGAAGGUUUCCGGCGUGAGGCUUCAAAUGAGUUCGUUAGGUUCGGUCUAUCACGGGAAGGCGCAAUUGCAAGGAAGCUGUUUAGAGUCCUAUCUACGGGUAUACCAAGCAUCAACAACCGUUGCUUGGCUCUAGAGUUGGUAGAACAGUGGGACGCUUUGUAUCCCGAGGAUAAACUUGGGGAUUACGAAGUGAUAUAA